AUGGUUAUAUAUGGUGUAGAAAACAGGUUAGCCUUCAUUAAAUCUGGUGAUGAAGAUUGGACUUACGUUGAUAAUAAAACUAGUGGCUUUGAUUAUCUCUUUCAGACAAGUCCUCGAGUUAAGGGUUUUCGGUAUUUCGAGGACAUCCUUUAUUGGAAAAGCCAGUUUUAUGCUGUGGACCGCCUCGGAAAACUUCUAUCUUGUGAAAUCAAUACAAAUUUUACCGAUUUGAGAGUUAAGAUUGUUGAUGUUCCAAAGGGAGGAUUUGGGAUUGAUGCUACUUCUAGUUCAACUUUUUUUCAACAACUAGCAGAUAAUGGUGGUAAUGUAGGAUGGGUUAAGAAAAAGGAUUUGGGUGAUGCUGCCUUAUUCCUUGGAGACAACCAUUCUAUUUCAGUUCGCGCUUCUGAUUUUACUGGAUGUGAGCCAAACUCCAUAUAUUUCGCGGACAAGGAGGAUGAGACUGUAUGGUGUUAUCCUGGUUAUCCUUUUGACAUGGGUGUAUACAACUUGAAACACAAAUCAAUUACACGAGACUACCAAUUGAAUCCUUCCCAAAGAUCGAUGCCACCUCCGAUUUGGAUAUUGCCUACAUUCAUGUGA